AAAUGAAACGUAACAAUUAACAAAAUGUCAGUCUACGAGAACUGCGUAUUUUGAGUGCGUAAUAUUUUUUCGGGAAUUUGUAUAUUGCUUUUGUAAAUUUGUAAAUAGAUGUGUAUGUAAUUAUGUAAAUAUCGCAGUGUGUUUACUUCUUUAAAAUAUUUUCCGAAAUUAAUAAGCGAAUGUAAAAUUGUGUUGUGUCGAACGACUGUCGAAGUCGAACUAUGUAUAUUUGAUGUGAAACGACAUUCAGCGAACAAAAGUAUUACAAGAAACAAGAAUUUUAUUCCCAAUAGACAUGGUAGUUCGCUGGGCGAACCUCUCAUUGUCCCUGUAGUAAACACACCUUAAUGCAAUGGGACAACAGACUUCCAGAAAAACAGGUGGAGAGUGCACGUGCGGCUGUGGUGCGUGGGAGAGGCGGAGGUACGCUGAGUCGCCCAGCAGUGUCCAUAGAUACGUCAGCGCCGUGACCGACAGGUGGAGCGGGCGCGAGUGCGCGUGCCGGCGACGUCGCUGGCGCCGCCCCGCGUGCGUGUGCACGGCCUACAGGAGGGUCAGCGACGCCUGCAGAGACGACAGACUGGCGGCCGUGCUGACGCUGGGCGCGCGCGACCUGCGCCGCGAACUCGACGCAAUCGUUAUUAAUGCAGAAGGUGACACAAACAGGGAAAAUGGAGAGCCCACAGCAGAAGUCUAUGUACUAUCUGUUGCGCCUAGAAGUGCUGACGGAGAGAGUUCACAAGAGGGGCGGAGGAACGAGCUGUCGCAGCCAAAUGACGGCUCCAUAAGAUUGCACCCACAUUUCCAGGUGGUGUGCGGCGGGGAGGUGCGCGCGGUGCUGGUGCGCGCGCCGCCGCUGCCCGCGCUGCCGCCGCUGCCGCCGCCCGCGCGCGUGCACACGCAGGUGGACUACAUACACUGCUUAGUGCCAGACCUACAGAAAAUAACAGCAUGCUCGUUCUACUGGGGCAAAAUGGAUCGAUACGAAGCCGAGAGGCUGUUGGAGAAUAAACCUGAAGGCACGUUCCUGUUGCGAGACUCCGCGCAAGAGGAGCACCUGUUCUCAGUGUCGUUCCGCAAGUACGGACGCUCGCUGCACGCACGCAUCGAACACUACCAGCACCGCUUUAGCUUCGACUCGCACGACCCCGGCGUCUUCGCUGCGCCCACUGUCACCGGACUCAUCGAGCACUACAAGGACCCGGCGUGCGUGAUGUUCUUCGAGCCGAUGCUGACGGCGCCGCUGCCGCGCGCCGAGCCCUUCACGCUGCAGCAGCUCGCGCGCGCUGUCAUCGUCUCGCACACCACUUACGACGGUGUGGAACAACUGCCUUUGCCGGCGCGCCUGCGGCUGUACCUCAAGGAGUAUCACUACCGGCAAAGGGUGCGCGUGCGCAGGCUUGAGCCCGACUUGUACGACCAGCCCCACCACUGCUGAGACGGCAUUCGAACGCCUCGCACUGCUCACUGGAACUGAGGGUUUUCCUCAGCGCAUUAUCACCACUGGUCUCAUGACAAAUUAUAAUAGAUAUACUUCGGUAUGAUUGUAUAUUUAAUUAAGAGCAAUAAUAUAUUGUGCUAAGUCGAGAUCGUUAAUAAUUAAUUCGAAAAUGAGAUAGCAUCACUUAUCUUUUUGAUAAUAAAUUUUUGUGUACAGAAUAGUAGUAAAAUUCGUGCAUGAAUUAUAAUUUUUUUAGAUAUAUUGUUUCGUUAUAUUUCCGGGAAUGUUUGUCUUGGACAGGUUUAUGAGUUGGUGUGUGUAUGUUAAUGUCAAUAAUGUCAAUGUACAUCAGUUCCAUCGAGCAGUACCCGCAGUACUUUAGGAAUAUAACUCAAACACUUAAAUGAAAUCACAAUAAUUAUUAUCAAGUAUGAUAAACAAAAUUAUUUAAGGAUAGUGACAUAAAAAUAGGCGAAUUUCGAGUUGAAAUUGCCCGCUGUACACUACUAAUAAACAACACAAUAAGUACUUAGCAAUGUGAUAUUAUUUCGUACAUAAAAGUAGACAACGAAACAUACUGUUUUCACCGUGUAAAUACUGCACUCGUAAGUGUAGCGAGGUUUGUGAGUGGUGGGUACGCAUCUGGCGAAUUUACUUUUGUAUUUGGCCAAUAUUCAGUGUCUCUAUUCUUAAACCAUAAACCAUUGGAACGUAUUAUCGCCUAAGGCAGCCAGUAGCUUAUACUUAUUCUGCAAUAAUAGAUGUUGUAAGUAGUGAACUAUUAGAGAAAUACUAAUGAUCAUACAUAAUUAUUUGAUGUUUUAAGCGAUGAUACGUUUAAUGUGUAAUUUGUAAAAAAUAAAUUUAUACAUAUUAUUAUUAUAUUAUUAUGUUUUUAAUAAUUAAUUUAUAAGUUCUAUAUACAUUCUGUAACAACCGGAUAGGUUUGUCCAUGUUUAUUUAAAACAGAAAUUCGACAAAAACAAUGCUUCGUAAGUCAUCACAGUGACAGCAAAUUAUUGCGCAUAAUUUUUUACAUCACAUUAGUUGCCAUUUUUUAACAGCAUUGACUUUAACCAUAAUAAGGUGUUAUAGUUUUGUCAAGCAUUUAUAUAAUGAUUGCUAAUUAUGAUAGGGUCUUCAGAAAUUAUGUAUAAACAAAUCUGGUUAUUGCGAAUGUACGGUGAAAAGUAUUGUCUUGUAAAUAUUGUUAUAGAUAUAAAUGUAUUGUAAAGUUUUACAAUCGUCCAAUGAGUUAAUAUCGUUGUAUAAAAAUCAUGUUAAAAAUGGGUCAGUUGUGAUCUUAUCAUACAUCACACAGUAUGUACCUUAUGGAUCAGUUUCAGAGUAGUGCCACAAUAAUUAAGGAAAUCCUGUCUAAUAUGUCUGUGUCGUAUAUAUCAAAUACAUACUUGUCAUUUAAUUUUGGUUUUUAAAACCCAAAUGGACUAACUCAUUAACCAGAGAUCUAAUAUUUCCAGAAAUAAACUGAACACUCUGAAUAUAAACAGCAUUGGAUGCUCAUUCUUCUUGCUAAAAAUUAGCGUGAAAAUGUUUUGAGGUGACGUGUGUGCUGCUGCAAAAAGAGUUCCAUUCAUACAUUUAAGUAAAAUGUAGUUGUAAGGAGCGAACAAGCUGCAACACAGGCGUGACUUCAACGCGUUUCCUAUUUGUGAGAACCGUCAUGUAAAAUACACGUUUAGUCACAGCAAGUGACGGCUUAGCCGACUGUUGUGACACUCAGCCCCGGUGUACUCUUCUAACUACUUAUUGUAACAAAUAUUUUGUGUAAAAAUAUGUUCCAUAUUGCGUCAAAUCGAUUGAAAGGCGACAGUUUUAUCGAUACACUUGUCAGCACAGUCAUGGUGAAUGUCGACACGUUUCAUUUAUUACGCCAUUUGAAAAGUUGCUAUUUUUUAAUGAAGUUGGGUAAUCUGAUCGCCUUUUAAUGGGUUAUAUGAAUUAUUUCAUUUUGAAAACAAUUGUACACAGUGUUAACGUACAAAUUUAUUGAGGAAAAUAUAUAAUAAAAAUUAUAUUUUAAUGAU